AUGUGUCAUCGGCAACACAUACUACGAAACCAUGUGUCCGCCCCUGAAUGUGGCAGACAACAUUUAACAGCAUUGUUUGCUUCAUCUGUCGUCUUUCCACUUUCUCCGAUUGUUCGGAGUGACGAAUAUAUUGAAGCUGAAUUCUGUGGACCGAGGAGGAUCAAAAUGAUGUUAGACCUCAAUCUGAAUCUUCAUCAGAGCAAUUUGAUGUCGGAAUACGUGGCUGAAGGCGGGAAUCAGUUUCUGAAGGUCCACGGAGGCAACGGGAGCGGAGUUCAAUUGGAAUACUCCGGUGUCACCUCGAAUUCUUUCGUCGUCAAUGUGGAGACAGCGAGCAACGCCGGAGGAGACGACGAGAACACGUAUCUGUGCUCGAAUGUCGAGUAUGCCUUUGACAUACUUAAAUCGAGUACUCUAGAAGACGAUGAGAACGUUAGGUCGGGGAUUGUCGUAACCAAGCAGCUGUUCCCGGAGGUUGGUGGAGACGGCGAUGUAAGGCGGCACAGUGCGGUGGAUGAAAGAGAAUUCAUUGUACGGCAACACCAUUAUCAACAGCAGGAUUUCCUGCAAAUGAAGAAGAACAGGAGAGGACCUAGGUCUCGGAGUUCUCAAUAUCGCGGUGUUACGUUUUAUCGAAGAACAGGAAGAUGGGAAUCACACAUUUGGGAUUGCGGGAAACAAGUUUAUUUAGGUGGAUUUGACACAGCACAUGCUGCUGCAAGGGCAUACGAUCAAGCUGCUAUUAGAUUCCGAGGAUUAAACGCGGAUAUCAAUUUCAACGUAAACGAUUACCACGAACAUCUUAAACAGAUCAAAAACUUAACAAAAGAAGAAUUCGUUCAUGUUCUUCGUCGUCAAAGCACUGGAUUCUCCAGAGGAAGCUCAAAAUACAGAGGAGUUACCCUGCACAAAUGUGGUCGAUGGGAAGCUCGAAUGGGACAAUUUCUCGGAAAGAAGUACAUCUACCUUGGAUUAUUCGACACUGAAAUCGAAGCUGCAAGGGCUUAUGAUAAAGCUGCUAUAAAAUCCAACGGAAGAGAAGCAGUAACCAACUUUGAACCUAGCUCAUAUGAAUAUGAAGAUGAGAUCAACAAUGGUGGCAACAGUGAAGAAUCAAUGGAUUUGAAUCUGGGAAUUGCUCCCCCUAGUUACACUGCUGCUGCAGCAUCAUCAGGAUUCUUAGUUCAACAUGUACAGGAAUGUAGGAGUGGAAGAGGUGAAGGUACAAGUAUGUAGUAGGUAGUGAAAAGUCGAAAUUACCCAUGGAUAGAUAGUGAUGAUGAUGAUGAAUAGUAAAAGGACGAGAUGAGAAUUGAGAUGUUACUAUUUGACUGUUUGUCCUGGUUUUUCCCCAAAGGGUACAAGUACAACAUCACUGUGGAGUUUCCAAAACAUGAAAAUAUACAUAUGAUAUGAUGGGAUUGAUUUUGGAUUAUAUGGGGAAUGAAAUGAAAAGGCCUUUGAAUUGUACCUUGUAUUUCUGCAUGUAGCACACAGUGUGUAUGCAGACUGACACUCGAAACACACAUUCUAAAGCAGUUUGUCACCUUUUUAUUAAAAAUUAUACCACCUUUUACUACCUUUUUCGCUC